CAUGGCGAUCCUGGGAUUCAAGCGGCCCCUGCAGAUGCACAACAUGUGGUUCCUGGAUCAACCCAACCAGACGGCCAAGAUUGCGGAAGACUUCUCUUAUCACUUCGAGAAGGAGAAGCUGAAGAGGGGGGCGGUUCCCAGCAAAAAGCCGGACGCCGACGGCCGCCGUCCCAUAGUGUCUAUGACCGGCAUAAUGACUCCGCUGUUCCGAACCUUCUGGCUCGAGCUCACCCUGGUUGCCCUGGUCAAGCUCGUCUCCAGCGUUCUCACAUUCGUCAGUCCUCUCAUCCUCGACCUGCUGAUCGCGUUCGUCAGUUCCGACGACCCUCUUUGGCGCGGCCUGUUGUUCGCCUUCACCAUGUUCUUCUCGGCCAUGCUGGAGUCCAUACUGAACGGCCAGUACGACUACCGCAUCUACGUCAUCUCUAUGCGCAUGCGCUCGGCCAUGAUCAAUGCCAUCUACAAAAAGGCGUUGGCCCUCUCCAGCGUCGCAAGAGGGCAGUACACAACAGGAGAGAUUGUGAAUCUCAUGUCUGUGGACACGCAGCGCGUGAUGGACUACAUCCAGGUGUUCAACUUGAUUUGGAUAACACCCCUGCAGAUUGGCCUCGCUAUCUGGCUCCUCUGGGGACAACUUGGCAUUGCCACCCUGGGUGGUCUUGGCGUCAUGAUCAUUUUGCUGCCAGUGAAUGGCGUAGUGACCGCUUACAUAAGGAAGUAUCAGGUUCAACUGAUGAAACACAAGGACCGGCGCCUGAAACUGAUGAACGAGAUCCUUGGCGGGAUCAAGGUGCUCAAACUGUACGCCUGGGAGAAAUCCUUCCAGCAGCGUGUGCAAAGCAUCCGAGAUGAUGAGAUGAAGUCCUUGAAAGUGCAAGCAUACCUCAGCGCCGCCGUCAUCUUUGCCUUCACCUGUGCACCAUUCUUGGUGGCACUGGCGAGCUUCGCGGUCUUCAUCGCCAUCGACCCGGCCAACAUACUGGACGCCAACAAGGCCUUCGUGUCGCUCUCGCUGUUCAACAUCCUUCGCGUGCCCAUGGCCUUCCUGCCGAUGCUCAUCACCUUCACCGCCAUGUUCUUUGUGUCCCUGGGCCGUAUAAACAAGUACCUUCGCUCGGACGAGCUGGACCCGAACGCUGUCCAGCACGACACAAACGAAGGCAAUCCAUUGGUGAUAAAAGAUGCCAGCUUUGCCUGGGAAAAGCACGCUCAGCCCGCGCUGGAUGACCUGAACAUCAGCGUCCCCACGGGCGCUUUGGCGGCCGUCGUCGGUUCAGUUGGUUCCGGGAAGUCGUCCAUGCUGUCGGCUUUCCUUGGCGACAUGGUGAAGCUGAAGGGCUCGGUGAACAUCAACGGCUCUGUGGCCUACUGUCCUCAGCAGGCCUGGAUACAAAACGCCAGCGUGAAGAACAACAUAACCUUUGGGCAGCCGUUCGACCGCGACAGAUAUGAGCAGGUGAUAGAAGCGUGUGCCCUCAAGCAGGAUUUGGACAUUCUUCCGGGAGGUGAUGACACCGAGGUCGGCGAAAAGGGCAUCAACUUGAGCGGUGGUCAGAAGCAGCGCAUCAGCCUGGCCAGGGCAGUGUACAGCGGUUCGAGCAUCUAUUUCUUCGACGAUCCCCUCAGCGCUGUCGAUUCACACGUCGGCAAGCACAUCUUCGACAAGGUCAUCGGUCCCAAGGGGCUCUUGAGGAAGAAGACCCGUCUCCUGGUGACUCAUCGGCUGUCAGUGCUGCCGCAAGUGGACAUGGUUAUAGUGCUCAGCGAUGGCAAGAUCAGCGACGUGGGCACCUACGACGAGCUGCUCACUCGUGGCGGGGCCUUCUCCGACUUCCUCGUUCAGUUCCUGCAAGAAGGAGAGGAGACGGAAGGAGUUUCCGACGAGGACAUGCAGCUUCUCGGAGAAAUCGUCUCCCAGGUCGGAGCGUCUUCCGAACUGGCCAGGCAGUACUCCCGGCUGAGCGCCAACGAAAGUGACUCCACCUCGGAUACUGAACGACGCGCCAGGCGGCGUCGCACUUCGUCCACUCGCAGCGCUGGAGAGAAGUCUGUACUGGCCAAGGCCAAGCCCGACAAGGCGCCCGUGGCUGCCGGAGCCAAACUGACCGAAGAGGAGAGCGCCCAAGUUGGAUCGGUGAAGUGGUGGGUGUACUUGGCGUACAUCAAGGCCAUGGGCAAGUGGUUGACGGCGCUCACCUUCGUGUCGUACGUCUUCUCGCACGCUUUCAACAUAAUGGGCAGCUACUGGCUCAGCCUUUGGAGCAACGAUGCCCUUGACCCCGUACUGGCCACGGACCCGCAGCAGCGCAACUUCCGUCUAGGCAUGUACGCCAUGUACGGAUUGGUCGAAACUAUGUUCAUCCUGGUGGGCAGCAUUUCUCUGAACCUCGCCGCACUGAGAGGAAGCAAGAUCUUGCAUGCCGGAAUGCUGGAGCGCGUCCUCUCUUCUCCCAUGUCUUUCUUCGACACCACGCCGAUGGGCAGGAUUUUAAACCGGUUUUCCAAGGAUAUUGACACGGCUGAUGUGACUCUGCGCUUCAACCUAAGAAUGCUCAUGAUGCAGUUCUUCAGGACAAUAGUAUCUUUCAUCCUCAUCUCCAUGGAGAAUCCUGUAUUCCUGGCUGCGGUUAUCCCACUACUCAUAAUCUACUACUUUGUGCAGAAAUUCUACAUAGCCACGUCGCGUCAGCUGAAGCGACUGGAGUCCAUCUCGCGCUCUCCGAUCUACGUGCACUUUUCGGAGACGGUGUCCGGCAGCAGUUCGAUUAGGGCGUACGGCGCCGGCGAAAGAUUCGUGGCUCGCUCCAACGAGCUCACCGACAUCAACCACGGCAGCUUCUUCCCCAGCAUCGCUGCAAGCCGGUGGCUCUCCAUCAGGCUGGAGUUCCUUGGCUACAGCAUCGUCUUCAUAGCCGCGCUGCUGGCGGUCUUCACCCGAGAAACGCUCUCGCCAGGUCUCGCUGGUCUUUCGGUCAGCUACGCGCUCACGGUGACGUCGACGCUGAACAUGCUCGUUCGGGCCACUUCGGACACGGAAACGAACCUCGUCGCCGUCGAGAGAUGCUUCGAGUACACCCGCACACCGCAGGAGGCGCCGUGGGAGCGGCCCGACUUCAAGCCAGACGACACGUGGCCGACUGCGGGACGUGUGGUCUACGAUAACUACUCGACCCGCUACAGGGAUGACCUCGAACUCGUUCUCAAAGGCAUCAGCUGCGAUAUUAAUCCGGGAGAGAAGAUCGGCAUCGUCGGACGAACUGGUGCGGGAAAGUCCUCGCUCACGCUCUCUCUGUUCCGGCUCAUCGAGGCAGCCGGAGGCGCUAUUUGCAUCGACGGCGUCGACAUAUCCUACCUGGGCCUCUACGACCUCCGCUCCAAGCUUACAAUUAUUCCCCAGGACCCCGUGCUGUUCAGCGGCACCCUUCGCUCCAACCUGGACCCCUUCGACAACAUGAGGGACGACGAGCUGUGGCGAGCUCUCGAGCACUCGCACCUCAAGGAAUACGUGGCCGGCCUCGAGAAAGGUCUCCAGCACAACAUUACAGAGGGCGGUGAAAAUAUCAGCGUUGGUCAGCGCCAGCUGGUGUGCUUAGCGCGAGCUCUACUUCGCAAGUCUCGCAUCCUCAUCCUAGACGAGGCCACAGCUGCUGUGGAUAUGGAGACGGACGACCUCAUCCAGGCCACGAUACGCCGGGAGUUCGCCGACUGCACCACCAUCACUAUCGCGCACAGGCUCAACACCGUCCUCGAUUACGACAGGAUCAUGGUGCUGGACCGCGGACAAAUUGUGGAGUUCGACGCGCCGCGUGAUCUCCUGAAGCAGGAGACGUCAGUCUUCUACCAGCUCGCCAAGGAUGCCAACCUCGUAUAGCCUCAUGCUGAGAAGUUUUAUUAUUGGCUGUAGCUAGUGUUCUACCUUAGUCACUAAUUUUAGAUACCUUUAAGACAGCACCUCUACAUUGGUUCAGGUUUAUGUCGAAGGUGAAUGGGCUUUUUAGUAGUUCAUGUGCUCAGUGGUAAAGAAAAUAAAGCGAAUGAAGCUGACUGAA